AUGGAAGGUCCAGGUGACCGAGGAAGGGCCAGAGAUGAAGGAGGAGAGCCCAAGUAUCGGGGCGUCAGGAAGCGUCCGUGGGGGAAAUAUGCGGCAGAAAUCCGGGAUUCUGCGAAUCAUGGAGCCCGGGUUUGGCUUGGAACAUUCAACACCGCGGUGGAGGCGGCUAAAGCGUACGACAGGGCUGCUUAUGCAAUGAGGGGACAUUUGGCUAUUCUCAACUUUCCUGAGGAUUAUAAUUUGCCCAGCAGCUCAUCCCAUUUUGCUUCUGCCUCCUCAUCGUCUACUGCUGCUUCUACUUCUUCAUCAGCAAGGGAGGGAGUUAUUGAAAUCCCGUAUUAUGAUGAUAAGCUGUUGGAGGAGCUGCUUGGUGCUGAGGAAAAAAGCGGAAGACAAGAUUGA